CACCAACAUUAUUCGGUGAUGUCAGUUCUAGUUUUAUUGUAUAUUCCCGAGCUUUCAUACGAAGGGCUUCAAUACUACUUGUUCUUCGAGUUUCUUCUACUUCAAUUGCCGUGAAACUCGUUGGUUUUUCAUGUAAGAUUUGUGUUGUUCAAUCGUGCGGCAAUUAAUAUGGUGAAUGUAUCGAAUGAUAACCUAAUACAAAAAGACGAACAAAAAACAGUUUCGAACUCCAACAGUCAGUCAAGAAACUUCAGUCAAACAAUUUUAAUUGGCAAAGUUGUUUUUCUAAGCCGUUUAAUUUUCCUUGAAACAGAUAUUUUGAGAUGCUGAGUAUCGAACUGAACUAAAAACAAUCGUGUUAAAUCAGAAAACUCGAAUGAUCACACGACAUGUCAAAUGAGUAUAUACAUCAUAAAUAAAAGAUCACUUGAGUAUUGAUGUUCAUAUCCUUGUUUUCUACUUAUUUUCUCUAAAAGCUAAUUUGACAAGAAGAGAAAAGAAUCACUUUGUAAAUAUUUUACAUUACUUCUUUAAAUGUUUAUAUACAGUACUAUAGACUAUGGGAUUUUUAACAGGUUAAUCAUCAGAUGGUUGAGAAGUGUAAGAAGAAAAUUCUCAGAUUAUUAAGUCAUUUGUCUAAUAUUGACAAAAUAUGUAUUAAAAAAUCAUCUUUCAUUGUCAACAUAUUCAUGUAACACUAAUCAUUCAUAAUAGAAGAAAGAAAGAAUAGUUUAAUACAAAUACAAAUGGAAUUUUUGAAGAUUAUCCAUCAUAUCUAUUAAAUGUCAAUCGUCUCUAUGGUCGGAAGAAAACAAAAUAUCUAAUAGAAUUGAUAAUUAUAGUAUAUAAUCAGGAUACUUCUUGAGUUGCUUAAAUAUUAGUGUGUGGCUGUUUGAUUUUUUUGUUUUUGUAAAAAAGUAUUUCGUAACAUAAAUUUAUCUAAUAUGAAUAAAGUUUUCGUCGUAAAGUAGCAUAGAGAAGAUGAAAAGUAGAGAAUUCGAAUAGAUGUUGUUCACAAUUACGUUUAUUUUAAUUUUGAAAUUGAGGGGGAUCAUAUAAAAGAGUAAUAUUUUGUUUUCUGAGAUUCGUUCGAAAAGUUUGGAUGUGUUUUUAAAAGAUGUACAAUGAAAAUGAUGAUUUUUUUCCGUUCUCAAUCACAAAAGUUUAUUAGAUCGAUGUAUAUUUUUCGUUCUGUUUAAAACUAAAUAACGGAAAAAACUUGAUUCUCAUUAUAUGUCUAGAAAUUAGAAUCUAUUGAACCAUCAGCUAAUACAGAAAUUCGGAAGGCUUUUUUUUCAUCCUUUCAUUUAAAUUUAGUGUCUGAUAGGUGAGUUAACAUGAAAAUAUUGUACUUUGUCGAGAAACUCGAACACCUACUAUAGGACUAGAGAGAAGUAUAUUUAGAAUAGAAAAAAGGAGGUAUCAGAUGCGAAUAUAUGUUUUUCUAUCAUCAUAUAUAUCCCAAAAAAUACAUGUAGACAUUUUUUCUCUCAAUCUAGUUCUUAUUCUAUCGUAUGGGAAAAAUUACAGGAGCGCUGUUGUAUAACAAUAACAAUAUAAUGUUUUACUAAUAAAUAAUUCAUCGAAUAUUCUUUUGUCUUUGUUUUAAAAAAACCAGACAAAUUAAGUUAUCGAUCAAUCUAGAUGGUCAAAACGAGAGGAAAACACAAGAUUUUAUCGAAUGAACACAUUCCUUUAUUUAAUAAAAAUAAUAUUACUUGUUGGUGAACUUUUAACUCAGGUAUCAACUUCCAUUGACAAUCAUUCGUUAUCUACAUCUUUAUCGUCUCGUAUCGCAUACGGUGUCAAAUUUAAAAAUGAUACAUGUGAUGAUAUUGUUCAAACUAAUAGAACGUUGACUACAACUCAAAUACCGCUAACAACUUCCUUAUCAUCAAUUGUAAAUAAUUUAAAACGAAUUAUUAAUAGCUACAACGAUUAUCAUAACGACAUGAAAACAACAACGGAUGUAGAAGAAGAAAUAAUAACAACAUUAAAAGAUAUAUUUGAAAAUGAGGAAGGAUUUCUGUUAGUAGAUCGAGAUAGACGAGAUCUUUUUGUUGAUCAAGACUAUGAUGCAAGUGGAGAUUUUGAACCAACAUCAAAUAUCUAUCAAAAUAGCACUCUUUAUACAUUAGAGGGAUCCACAAUUACAACUGCACCUAGCACUUAUUCUUCACAAUGUCCAUGCGAAAAGGGUGAACGAGGUGAAAGAGGCGAACCGGGAGUAUGUCCAGAUUGUUCAACGUUUCCGAAUCAGAUACCGGUGAGUAGUACAACAAAAAAUAUUCUUGAAAAAACCUAUUAUUUCGCAACAGUCCAAGAAGCCAUGGAAAAUUCAUUUACUUAUCCCGAUCAUACGUACGUUCACAUUGUUAAUCAAUUUGGUCAUUUAGACGGUGUAUUCAUUCGUAUCAGCGGAAAUCUAAUACCGAUUAGCUUAGAUUCAAAGAAUUUUAUUCCUAUGCAGAGUUUUACAAGACCUAUACAAAGUUUUACAAGACCUGUACAGAGUUUUACAAGACCUGUACAGAGUUUUACAAUACCUGUACAGAGUAUUACAAGACCUAUACAGAGUUUUACAAGACCUGUACAGAGUUUUACAAGACCUGUACAGAGUAUUACAAGUCCUGUAACAACAUUACCCAUUCCAAAAACGAAAUGUAGUGAUCCACUUCCAUGUUCUGAACUUCAUUUAUUCGCUCUGGGUCCAAAUAUUCGAAAAUUAUGUAGUCCGAAUCUUUCAAGUUUUUGUACAAAAUUAUCUGAUUUUGAUAGUUUAUGCAGUAAAGUUAGCGAACAACAGAAAUUACCGGGAUUUUAUCGCGCAUUUAUAUCCUCAUCAACUCAAUGGCUAUCACAUUUAUUUGAUGGUAUUUGUACUUACGCUAAAAUUGUUAAUAUGCAGGGAGAAAUAUUAUUCGAGACGAUUGAUGACAUAUUCGAUGGAAAACCAUCUCUUAGCUACAUACUAGAUCUGCAAGGAUAUCAGCCAAAAUUUCAAUACUUCUGGCAUGGUAGUUUAAUGAAUGGAACAGCAUCAAAUAAUACAUGUCUCGAUUGGAGUCAUCAAGAUCAAAAUGUAUAUGGAAUAGCUAGCAUUCUAGAUAAACAUUCCUUUGGUUUAUUUCAACAACAAUUUACUUGGCCAUGUUCAACAGAUGACUCGAAUAUUGGAAUUUUGUGUAUUGAAACAAAUUGCGAGAAACACAGUUUUUAUGGACAUUAA